AUGGAGAUUCUUUUAGUGGCUAAUAACUACUUCCUGGUUAUUUUUUCAAGCAUAGCAGAUGGGAAUAGGGAUUUUGAGGGUGGCCCUUAUUUCUUUAACCAAGUUGGGCUCUUCAUCAAGCCUUGGCAUAUGGGCUUCAACUCUGCGGAAGAGAUCCCGUCGCGGGUGCCUGUGUGGGUUCGUUUGCCGAGGCUUCCGUUGGAAUUUUGGAGGGAAGAUAUCCUCCACUCAAUCUCUUUACUUCUUGGGAAACCUGUUGGAUUGGCUUCACAGACUCAAGAUCGUAAGAUUCAGCAGCUAGAUUAUGAAACCCUCCCAUUCAGAUGCAGAAUUUGCCAUGAAUAUGGUCACCUUCAUCGUAGAUGCCCCAGAUUGAAUUCUUCCCCCUUGCCUACCUCUGAACCUCCUAGGUUGAACAAGGGGAAAGCCCCAGUGUCUGAUGGGCCUGUUGAUAAGGAGGGAUUUACCCCAGUUAAAUCCCGUAAUAAAGGCAAAGGCAAGAAGAGACCUUGGAUGGAUAGACAGAAUGAUGGCACAUUUAACAGGUUUGAGGUUCUGGAUAGCGUAGUCCAAGAAGAUGGUAUUCCAACUGAGCUUUCUUCUGGGGUUAAGGGUCAAGUAGAGAAUCAAGAGGUGGUCGCAAGGAAGGAGGAGUCGAUUCCAUCGUCAGGGGUUCAACAGGUUUGUCAACCGGCUUUGGACUUGCUCUCUCAUGUUCAGAAUAUUGGUGGCCUCCAGGAGUCACAGAUUACGGUGGGUAAUGCUAGCUUGGCUCCUUGUCCGGAAGCUUUGAAGGCAUCUGCGGAUCCUGUGAAGGGUGCUAAGGCUCCUCCUGCCUUAGGCUUGCAUAAAAAACAUUUUAAAAAGGGGCCUCUAGAUAAGCAGUCAAGGAGUGGAAGGAAGACUGAUCAAGAGAAGGUCAAGAUUAUGGGGGAUACUUUGGUUGAGUCUGGGCGAUGUGGUGAUGAGGCUAUCUCAGAACGGCUUGAUAGAUUUCUAGUUUCCUAUUAUUGGAUGAGUAGCAGGUGGACUACCAGUUCUGAUAUCCUGGAUUGGAGGGGAUCUGAUCACUGGCCCAUCAAACUUUGUGUCUCCUCUUAUGGGGUCACCAAAAAUCCGUCCUUCAAAUUUCAAUUGAUGUGGUUACGGGAUCACUCUCUUCGAGAUCUGGUGCUGGAUUGGUGGUACGAAGGGCUUCCUGCUCAUGGGAGGGCCAUGUACACUUUUUGCAAAUGGCUCCAACAUGUGAAAUAUAGGCUUAAGAGGUGGAAUAAACAAUGUUCUGGGAAUCUGCAUGCUCAGAAACUUGCUACUCAGUCCAAGCUGGAUAGUGUCACUCGUCAGAUUCGAGACCAUGGGCUGUCCUCUGACCUUUUGUAUGCUGAGUCCUUGGCCCUUAAGGACUUAGAAGAGUGGGAGCUUCGGGAGGAGAUUUUCUGGAAGCAAAAAUCUCGUAUUGAUUGGCUUCAGGAGGGGGACAGGAACACAUCUUUCUUCCAUAACUCGGUCAAGGCCCGUAGGCAGGGGAGCUCCUUUUCCAUGCUUGUCUCGAGUGAUGGGACCCAACUCUCGUCCUAUGGUGAAAUUUCGAGGGAAGCUGUCAACUAUUUUUCUAAUCUUUUUACUAGGGAGAAUAUUGCUACUAGAGCCGAGGAGAGGGCUAUCUUGGAUUCUAUUCCUUUCUUGGUCUCAGAUGAGAUGAAUGGGGCUCUUUUGGGUCCAAUAUUGAUGCUUGAAUUGGAGAAGGUUGUGUUUAGUAUGAAAAAAGGCAAAGCUCCUGGCCCAGAUGGAUUUCCGAUUGAGUUCUUCCAGGAAUUUUGGGAAAUAAUAAAGUUUGAUCUCCUUGAGGUGGUUCAGGAAUCCCUUAGGAACAAACAAAUGCUUAAGUCUCUGAAUUCUACUUUUCUAGCUCUCAUACCUAAGAAGGAGGGGGCUAAUCGGAUGGAUCAAUUCAGGCCUAUUGCUUUAUGCAAUGUUGUCUACAAGAUCAUCACCAAAUUGAUUGCUGAGAGACUCAAACCUCUCCUUGGUGCUUUGAUUUCUACUGAGCAGGGAGGCUAUGUGGAAGGGAGACAAAUCUUGGAUGGUGUCGUGAUUGCUACAGAGGUUAUUCACUCUAUGGCUUCCUCUAAGGAGAGGGCGAUGUUCAUUAAGCUUGACAUGGCUAAAGCUUAUGAUCGGGUGAGCUGGGAGUCCCUUCAAAAUAUCCUCUUGGCCUUUGGAUUUAAAGAGGAAUGGGUGAGUUGGGUUCUCAGUUGUGUUACCUCAUCCUCCUUCUCCAUUCUCAUUAAUGGGGAAUCUUCAGAUUGGUUUAGUGCUUCUUGGGGACUCCGGCAAGGGGACCCUCUUUCCCCUUAUCUUUUCAUUAUCAUGGCGGAAGGUCUUGGUAGAUUUAUUAAAUCUCAGGUGCGACAGGGUCGUAUUCAUGGCUGGAGCUGGAACAAUGAUCUCCCUCCCUGUUCUCACCUUCAAUUUAUGGAUGAUACUGCAUUGAUGGGCUUGGCUAGAGUUAGUGAGGCAGUGAAUUUCAGGAGAACUUUAGACAUCUACUUGAAAGCUGCUGGUCAGAGUAUUAAUGAUGAUAAAUCUUCCAUUUAUUUCUUUAAUACUCCUCGUCUCAUUCAGUACAGGAUUGCCAGGAUUCUUAGAUUCCAAAUUGGAUCUCUUCCCCUGAUGUACCUAGGGAUUCCUUUGGCUUUGGGACCCCAACGGAGAGGUUUUUGGCAGGGGAUUUUGGAUAAGUUCCGGAGUAAGGUUAGUCAUUGGACUUACAGACGGUUCUCUUCUGCUGGUAGAGUGCUUCUCCUUAAAACUAUGGUGCAGGCUCUCCCUAUUUAUAGGUGUUGUGUACAGAUUCCUCCUGCCUCCUUUAUGAGGGAGUUUGAUGCUCUUUCCCGGCAAUUCCUUUGGUCAGGAAACCUUCUUUCUUCGAAGUGGAGUUUAGUCAAGUGGGAAUCUGUCUGUAGGCCGAAGCAUGUUGGGGGCCUUGGCCUUAGGUCUGUGGCUCUUAUGGUUUCGGCUUUGGCGGCUAAGCUGUACUGGAGAUGGUGCAACAACCAGGAUCAGGAGUGGGCCAAGAUUCUUUCUUUCAAGUAUGUUCCUGGGGUUGAGAGUCAGGAAGUGCCGCGGAUUUCUCUGUUGGGCAAAGGUUCUUGCAUAUGGGAUAUUCUUAAGAAGGGAGCUCAGCUUGUUAGGAAUGGUCUCUUCUGGAUCUGUAAUAAUGGAUUUGAUACUCUUUUUUGGUUGGACUCUUGGGAUGGUCACCCUCCCAUCCUAUCUAGUUUCCCUCAGCUUCUGCCUCUUUGCCAAAUGUUCUCUGAUGUUGGGUGGAUUAAGGUGGAGCAUUUUAAAACUGUUAAGCGUAUUGGUCAUUUGGAGGUGUCUUGCUGGAAGGAUCCGCAAGAGUGGCCUGUGGGCGGUUCUGAGGAGGAUCGGGCAGCUUUGUGUAAGGUCUUGGAAGGCAGGCUAUGCAGCUCUCUGAAGGAGAGGGACAAAUUGGCUUGGAGUCCUACCCCAAAAGGUAAUUAUACUGUUGCUCAAGGCUAUGCUGUGCUUGAUAGGAAUUUACAUGGUCCUGCUGAGGUGCCUUGGUGGAGAAAGGUCUGGAACAACUUUUCUUGGCCCAAGUGUAACUUCUUUUUAUGGUUGGUUGCCCAGAGGAAAUGUCUCACUUGGGAGAACUUUCGUAAAAGGGGGUUUCAGGGACCUUCCAUUUGUGUUCUUUGUUUGAGCAGUGAAGAAUGCUCUUCCCACUUGUUCUUCCAUUGCCCCUACUCGCGUGAGAUUUGGCACAGAUGGUGGGAGGCUUGGCAUCAUGGUUGCAUUCAUGCUUCCUCCCUUAUUGAGUUUUGGAAGAGUCUAGGCAGGCCUCCUGCGAAGACUCCUUUUCUUCAGGUGGCCUGGUUCAUUGGGCCUAGUUUCAUCCUUUGGAACCUUUGGCUGGAAAGAAACCGUAGAGUUUUUUGUGAUUCCAGAUUGGAUAGCGGUCAACUGUGGACAAAGAUUAUCAGUAGGCUUCAGGAGACUAUUCAUGCUAAAUGUGAUAUGUCCGUAAGCAUUGAUCCUGGGGAUGUUGCGGUUGUGCGAGAUCUGAGCUUGGGUGCUAAUAGUAGGGGUUGCUCUGCUAAUAUUAUGACCCGUCGUGUCAAGAAACGGGUCUGUCGUGAUGGGAGAUGGGCACCUCCUCCUGAUGGGGUCCUGACGAUUAAUACGGAUGGAUCUUCUCGGGGGAAUCCUGGGCAUGCUGGUAUUGGGGGCAUUGGUAGAAGUAAAGAUGGUGAUGUUGUUUUUUGCUUCUCUAUCUACAAAGGGCUUUACUCUAAUAACCUGAUGGAGGCCCUGGCUAUCAAAACUGCUGUUGAGCGGGGUUGCUCUCUUGGCUGGAGGAGGAUUAUCUAUGAGUCUGACUCUCAGAUUGUUGUGGAUAUGUUGAACAACCAGAGGUUGGAUGGUGUUAGUUGGCAUUUAGCUUUGAUGGUCAGACAGAUUUUAAGUGUAUGUAGCUCCUUGGAAUCUGUCUCUUUCUGUCACAUCCCUAGAGAAUGGAAUACCGUGGCUGACUGCUUAGCGAAGUGGGCCUCGGAGAAUGGGGAUGGUUGGGAUAUCAGUGGUAGGGGUGAGUUACCUUCUGAUUAUCGAGGGAUUUUGGAGAGAGCUUUAUUGGAAGACAGGACUAUGUAG